AUGAAAGGGACAAAUUUUAGCACUCCCGCAGGUUUCAUCUUACUGGGCUUUUCUGACCAGCCCCGGCUGGAGAUGGUUCUCCUUCUGGUCGUCUCUGUCACGUACACUCUGACACUGACGGGGAACACGGUGAUCAUACUGGCCUCAUACUUGUGCCCCAAACUCCACACACCCAUGUAUUUCUUCCUCUCCAAUCUCUCCUUCCUGGACCUCUGUUUCACUACCAGUAUUGUCCCACAAAUGCUUUGGAAUCUCAGGGGGCCUGCGAAGACCAUCAGCUACGCUGGUUGUGUGCUCCAGCUCUACGUUGCUUUGGGGCUGGGCUCCACGGAGUGCGUCCUCCUGGCCGUUAUGGCCUAUGACCGCUUCAGUGCCAUCUGUCGGCCCCUCCACUAUGACGUUAUCAUGCACCCCAAGCUUCUCCAGCAGCUAGCAGCUCUGGCCUGGAUCAGUGGUUUCAUGGAGGCCACAGUUCAGACCAUCCUGGUUUUCCAGUUGUCUCUCUGCAGCCACCACAGGGUGGAUGAUUUCAUGUGUGAGGUGCCGGCCUUGAUUAAAAGCGCCUGUGUGAACACAAGCUUCCUGGAAAAUGAGCUCGCCGUAGCCAGUGUCCUCUAUGUUGUUGUACCUCUGGGGCUUAUUCUGGUCUCUUACGGCUGGAUUGUUAGGAGCGUGCUGAGGAUAAAAUCUGCCCAAGGCAGGAGGAAAGCAUGUGGGACCUGUGGGUCCCACCUGCUUGUUGUGGUUUUGUUCUUUGGAAGCAUCAUUUCCGUCUACAUCCAACCCAAGAGCAAAUACACACAGAAUCACAGUAAAUUCCUCACCCUCUUCUACACUGUAGUGACACCCGCACUUAAUCCUUUGAUCUACACCUUGAGAAACAAAGAGGUUAAGUGGGCGCUAAGAGGAUUACUGAGAAGAGUUCCUCGUUAG